GGAAGCCUCCAGGGGGCUCCCUACCCGCCGCACGCGCCGCCCCGGCGGGCUUAUAAACAGCGCUCUGGCGCCUGCAGAUCACUGUGGUUCUACUUCUUUCGGAAGAAGUCUCGCCCUGCGCGGACCGGGAACCGAGCCCUCGCCAACCUAGAACCCAGCGGGAGCCGCAGACCCCCCUGCGCAGUUGGUCGCCUUCCCACUCGGUUGCCGUCGCGGUUGACUUUAAAUCUGAACACAGCGGUCGGGGUCAGUGGGACCUGCCCUCUGCACCCGGAGCCGAGUGGGAAACCGAAACCGCUGGGCUCCGCUAACGGCGGCGGGAGAGCGCGCGCUCGCGAACCCCGCGCCCCGCCCGAGCGCCGCCCGCGCCCGCCCCCGCCCCCGGGCUCCGUAAGUUUCGAUUCCUCCCCGAGCCGAGUCGCGCGCCGCGGCCAGUCCAGCGCAGAGCAGCGCCAUGGCGGACCCGGAGGUGUGCAGCUUCAUCACAAUCCUGUGCGCCCAUGGGGGCCGCAUGGCCCUGGACGCGCUGCUCGACGAGAUCGCGCUCUCCGAAGCGCAGCUCCUCGAGGUGCUGGAGGCGGCGGGGCCCAGCCGCUUCGUGGUGCUGGAGACCGGCGGCAGGGCCGGGGUCACCCGGUUCGUGGUGGCCACCACCGCAGCUCGGGUCUGCCGUCGCAAGUUCUGCCCGACGGACUGCGGAAACCUGCACCUCUGCAAGCUCAACCUGCUGGGCCGCUGCCACUAUACGCACUCGGAUCGACAUUUGUGCAAAUAUUCUCACGAUGUUCUCUCAGAAGCGAACUUUAUAGUCCUGAAACGUCAUCAGAUCUCUGGACUGAACAAAGAAGAAUUAGCAGUGCUUCUCGUCCAAAGUGACCCUUUUUUUAUGCCUGAGAUAUGCAAAAGCUAUAAGGGAGAAGGUCGAAAGCAGAUUUGUGGCCAUCAGCCCAUGUGCGAAAGACUCCACAUCUGUGAACACUUCACCCGAGGGAACUGUGGUUUUACCAACUGCCUCCGGUCUCAUAACCUAAUGGACAGGAAGGUACUGGAGAUGAUGAGGGAGCAUGGACUGAGCCGGGAAGUGGUGCAGAACAUCCAGGACAUCUGCAACAACAAGCACAACCGGAGAAGGCCCGGGUUGAGAGGUCCUUCACGUAACCGGGACCCAGCAGCUAGAGGAAGAAGCAAGAGUAGAGAUAGGUUCUUUCAGGCCAGUCAGGAGUUCCUUCCAUCUGCCCCAGCUUCAACUGAGACACCCAGCACACCCAGUGCAGAUCAGAUCGGCCGCAGGUCUCCCCGGGAUGAUGUGCCUGUAGAGGAUCUCACCUGCAAGUUCAAGCAUUUGGGAAGUCAAGAUGGCCCUCAGCCUUCCUCAGCCUCACCCAAGGCCGCCAAUCUGGGAGGAAGCAGGCCAGUGGGAGGAACCCAGAGGUUUUCAGAGAAUGGCAGUCUAGAGGACCUCUUCUAUGACAGUACCGCCAGCAGUCACCUCACUUCUGAUUUGACACCCACUUUCAACCAGAAGGUGCCCCCAUCCUGGCCGAAUGACCAAGGCACCAGUAGAGAGAAUUUGUUUUCUCCGAGUCAGGCUGCCUCAUAUUCUCCUCUUGGUUCUCUGCAAACACCUGACACCGUGACCACCAGAAAAGGUGUGGGCAUGCUGUCCCCGGGCCACAUGAAUAUUGAGGGCAGAAGUGGGAAUCCAGAAGUCCAGCAUUUCCCACUUUCAAAUAAUAAUUUGGAUGGGAUGGCCACAGAUACCAUGUCCACGAGAUCUUUAAAUUACAAAACCGCAACCAGUAGGCAGAGAGAAAAUUCAUUACCUAGGAAUCAGGAAAUCAGAACCACUCACCCUACUCUUGACCCCAUCAUUGUAGAUGAUGGUAAACACAGAGAGCAGGUAUUUUUCCACAACACAACAAAUGGCUCGACUAAAGUUAUAUAUGAAUCUACUGAUGCCACUGAUUUUGACUUAACAUCGGCAGUCAGAGCCAGAGUCGAUAAAGAUGUGUUAGGCUCUGCAAGUCCGUAUCUGAGACCCCAGAUCCUGCGCAUGCUGGGGGAGACCACUGCCCACACAGUAGUGAGCACUGUGCCCAAAGGACCACCUUUGACACCUUCCUCAAACAAUAGAGCUACAGCCGCUGCGGCCCAUGAUCGGAACUCUGCUCAAAUGCCUGUCACCUCUGCCAGCGAGCUUGCCAGGAGGACACCCGGCUGUGCGUUGAAUUCUGUAUCUGACGUCACAAAUACCAUGGAUGAUCCUGGUUCAAAGGAAAUUUGUCUUGACCAUCUGAAUAAGAGUUGUCAAUCUAAAGGCUGCAGCAAGGUUCACUUCCACCUGCCCUACCGGUGGCAGGUGAUGAAUGCAAACACCUGGGUGGACCUCCAGCCCAUGGAGAGUAUUGAGAAGGCCUAUUGUGACCCCCAAAUCUGCAUCAUUCCUUUCGGAAAUUUAAAAAUCAAUUUCCAGAAAAUGACUUGUGGUUCUGAUCCCAUCCGACGUCUCUCCACACCUUCGUCCGUCACACGGCCGGAUAAUUCUGUCUUCACCACAAAAUGGAUUUGGUAUUGGAAGAGUGGAAGUCACAGAUGGAUUCCGUAUGGGGAGAAGGGCGACAGUCGGCAAAUUUCGAGCGUCGAUUCCUCAUACCUGGAGUCUGUCUUCCUCUGCACUCCGAGGGGCAUUGUGCCGUUUCAGGCGGGUUCUGAGGACUUCGAGUUGAGUUUCCAAGGGAUGAUGCAGACAAACAUCGUUUCCAAGACCCAAAAGGAUGUCGCCAGAAGACCAACAUUUGUGUCUGCCCGGGAUGUGGCGCAGAUGAAAAGUGGGCCAGACCAUCAGCCGGCACAGACCCUGCCAGAGCCUGGUAUCUUGGUAUUUCUUCCUGAGCAGAAGCUUCCCUCCCCGCCAUUGAAUGGAUAUGAGUUGUCAGAGAUCAAUAGCUAUGGCUCGGAAUAUGCCAAAGUAACUGCGUAUUUUAGAGUGACGAUGAGACACGUCAAGAUUGAGAAGAUCAAGAAGCUCAAGAACCCACAGCUCUUGGAUACUUUUCAAAGGAGAAAAAUGGAGAUGAAGGUCACCGAAAAAUACCUAUUUUGUGCCACACACCGCGCUCACGUAGAUUCUAUCUGUGCGAAUAAUUUCGACUGGACCUUGCAUGGGACUUCUGAAGGCACCUAUGGAAAAGGAAAUUACUUUACAAAAGAUGCCAUUAUUGCCCAUAAAAACUUCCAGUCUGAUCCCAAAAACAUCGUUAUGUUUUUUGCCCGAGUCCUGGUCGGAGAUGUUAUCGAAGGAAAGAGGAGUUACGAAAGCCCUCCUCCACCAUAUGACAGCUGUGUGGAUUCAAGUUUCCGUUCCGGAGUUUUCACUUCCUGAUCUUGACCUUCAAUGUUGCAGAGGUCCAACUUAUACAACUCUCUCCGACCGCCCGUUAGACAUCGCUAGUGGGAAAUUUCACAGGCAUCUCUGCUUUACCAGGUACAAAACGGGAUUCUGGCUCUGCCACCCUCAAAUGAACCAGCUCCUCCCCAGGGUUCUGUAUGUAGGUACGUGGUAUCACCAUCCACACAUCUGCUCAAACAGCAGUCCACAAGUUACCCUGGACCCCCUCCCCUACCUUCCCCUGAGCAUCCUAAGCUGUUCUCAAGUUCUGUUUUCCCUCUUAAAUACCUUGGUCUCCUUCUACAUUGUUCUUUAUUUGGCAGCAAGAAUGGCCAUAUUUUUAAAUUUUUUACUUAAUAAUCAUCAUCUUUCAAAACACAAAUCUGAUCCUGCCUUUAGAAUAAAGUUUAAGAUCAUUAUCAUGGCCCCACAUGAUCUCUCCCUUCCCUACCCUCCAUCAUUUAUUUUCUCCCACACAAGCCGAUCUGGCUUUCCUCCAGUCCUUUGGGGUUUUUCACAUAGCUCAUUGGUCUUCAAUUAGCAUCGCUGCCUUCUUUUUAAAUGGCAAAUAGUUUGUAACGUCCACAUUAUUAUCCUCAAAAUGCAAUUUAGUGGUAACGUACUCUCUCUACCUAGAUACAAUUUUAGAAAUACAUUUAAAAUUAAGUAAUAUUAAUAUAAAAGGGAAGUUGAAAGUACAUAACUUGGAUACGACUAUACUAGAAGACCUAAUUAAGUACUCAGAUGUUUACAUCUAUUUAGAAUGAAUAAGCAGGUAGGAGAUUAGAAGCUAUUUUGUACAAAGAAGUAUGGGAAAAUGAAACAGCAGGGAUACAAGUGGACAUUAGAAUAAAAACUACUGAUAUAAUAACUUACCUUAAUUGAUGUGGAUAUUUUUUAAAAAUAUAUUUCUUUAUUGAUUUCAGAGAGGAAGGGAGAAGGAGAGAGAGAUAGAAACAUCAAUCAUUGAUCAGCUGCCUCCUGCAUGCCCCCUAAAGGGCUCAAUCCCCGUUAGGGGGCAUGCAGGAGGCAGCUGAUCAAUGAUUCUCUCUCAUCAUUGAUGUUUCUAUAUCCCUCUUCCUUCCUUUCUGAAUUUCACUAUGUAAAUGCUCCGGCAUGACUACAGUAUACGACAUCAUGAAAUAGAUAUUUAUUCCUGCUUAGAGUGAAUAGCUUUGGAUUUAGGAGUCGAUCAGAGGCUACUUCCUAUAAAGAAGUACAGGAAAAUGAAAGAUUAGACACUAGACACUAGAAUAAAGACCAGUAUUAGGGUAAGUGAUAAUAGACCAUGUACCUUAUCUGUGUAUGGUAAGGGAAAGAGCAAAAUUACCUUACUGUAAAUAAGGAUAAUAAGACAAGGCAAAUUACAGAUCGUCUAAGAGGAAAACAUAUAUAUUCUCUCAGGCGACCUGUAGGUCCUACAUAAAUGUCCAGCGGACAUUAGAAAGUCGUAUAGAUACCGAAUAAUUCUUCGUUUUGUGGGGCUAACCCAUAUACUGCAGGACAUCUGUUAUCCCUGGCUGCAUACACUGAGUGCAAAUAAUAAUUCCCAGUUGUUACGAAACCAAAACCCAUCAACUUCUUUUUUCUUUUUUUAAAAAUAUAUUUUAUUGAUUUUUUACAGAGAGGAAGGGAGAGAGAGAGAGAAUUAGAAACAUCGAUGAGAGAGAAACAUCGAUCAGCUGCCUCCUGCACAUCUCCCACUGGGGAUGUGCCCACAACCAAGGUACACGCCCUUGACUGGAAUCGAACCUGGGACUUUUCAGUCCGCAGGCCGACGCUCUAUCUACUGAGCAAAAUCGAUUUCUGCCCCAUCAAUUUCUAAACUAUCACUGGUGAGAACCACAGACUCAGUUAACAUCUAGCAUCUUGAGAUUAGCGUGUUUACCUCCAUAAGGAGUCCUAUAGAUUAGAUUGGAUGCUUGCCUCCCAAAUCCGGUUUUUAAAAUAAUUUGUGCCUUGCUUUGUUAAUUUUUAGCGUCUAUCCAACUCGAGGUUGUCUGCUUUCUGCAUUAGAAUGUAAGCUCCUUGAGGGCCGAGCCAACUUGCCUUGUUCACUGUGCUGUAUCCCAUAACUAGCUGACUGCUUCAGACCUUGAUAAAAUAAAUUGUGUGGACGUUAGCUCAAGUAUUUGUAUUUCAGUCGUUGAAUUGUAUUUUCUUCUUCUUCUUCUUGAGACUAAUAAAAAGUAAAUGCAAA